AGGCAACCCAAUUAUUUUACUGUCAAAAGUCGAAAAUCAGAACCUUGCUGAAUAGAAAACUUGCAAAGGUUUUUGUAAUAAAAUCUUGCUAUUACACAUAAUUUUAUAAAAUGGCAGAUCUUCCCUACGGCCCACCAGUGCGAGUUUCACCUUUAAUCAGGUUUGGCCGCUGGUCAUUCCUCGGAGCAGGUAUCCUCUAUGGGGCUUUCCAUCAAAGCAGGCUCUCGAAGAAAGAAGCAAAGAUCCGUGAAGUGGAAAUUAAGGAGAAGGCUAUCCGUGAUGAAAAACUGAAAAAGGAGAAGGCAAUUGCUGCUGCUGCCGAAAUCAAGUCAUUGGAAGAAAUGGUGGCGCCAAAAAAAUAAAUAAUGGGACAAUGCUAGUUUUGUAAGUGAAUAGUGAAGAUCGUCGUUUAAAAAGUGUUGCCAGUGUGAAAAAUAAUUUUAAAUUUAAAUUGUUUUUUUACAAUGGCAAUUUUAACAUCAUCUUUUUAUGUUGUAUUUAAUGAAAUAUAGGUGAUUACAUUA